AUUUUGAGAUCUCAUUGCACUUUUAAUGCAACGAAAUUCUCUUCUUUUUUGACUAAUUGCAUUACAGGUGCAUUUGAAUAGCACCUUAAGGUAUAAUUAUUUUAUCAAGAGCAAAGCGAUAAGCAAGCAAACACAAGCCAGCUUUACUCUUGAAUAAAUACCUUCCCAACACAUUAAAUUGCACAACACAUUUUAUUUUUUUUCUUAUUAAAAAGUUUUUGAGAAAACCAAAAUCCAAUAAAUAAAUAAAUAAAAGAGAAAAAAAAGGCAUCCAUGCUAAUCGCAAUCAUGUGCCAUGGAUGUCACUAUCGCUCUCCUCCACUUUAAAUAAUUCCAACCAGGAGUAAUCUUAGUUCUUUUUACUCUGAUAUUGCUUUAUUUUUUGUUUUUAUUUAUAAUUUCCCUCAAAAUAUUUCCACUCUCCAUUUUUCCAAUUCCUCGCCGAUUAAUUCGUACAUUAUCCGCGAUCGAACAUGCCGGCGCCGCCGAUUUAGUUCUUGGGUUUUCCCUGCUUUUCAGAUCCGUUUAAUCAUCAUCAGUCUUGAUAACUUCACUUACUGUGAGAUAUGUGUGGAUGAAGGAGUUGGGGGUAGUUUGCUUCAGUUUCUUGUAACUGGAGGGUAGUUGAAAAGAGCAAAAAAAGAGUGUUGUCUGGGUGCUUCAGAUGAGAAGAACUGAUGUUACUGACAGUAGAAGGAGGAGGGUUCUUCUCUUCUUCAGCGUCUGGGUAUAGCAAGGGCUUGACCCUUCUUCUCUUGGGUCAGAAGCACGAGGACAAGCCCAUGAGAGUUUCGCCAUGGAACCAUUACCAGUUGGUGUACCAAGAACCUGAUCCUGACCUCCAGCUGGCUUCCAUCAAAAACCGGCUUUCCCGUGGGUGCGCCUCUUUUGUCUGCUUUGGUCGCACUUUCGCAGGACUUGAUACCCCAUUGCAUUUGAAAGUUGGCCCUGUUCAACAACAGGAUGUAUUGCCAGGGCCUCUUGUUUCAGAUAAGACUAAUGAUCGCGCAACUCAACUUGAUGAUGGAAAUAAUAAUGCAAGAAAGGUUGCCCUUAAAAGUAGUUUGAAGAAGCAACCAAAUAAUACUCCAGUUCCUCUUGAGGAUGUUAAUGACCGUGAGGCAUCAGGGGAAAAGGAUGGCGAUAUCCCUAGUUAUGCAGAACGAAGAAAGGUGCAGUGGACAGAUGCUUGUGGUAGUGAGCUUGCUGAAAUAAGGGAAUUUAAGCCCAGUGAAACAGGUGGUUCAGACAAUGAAUUCGAAAAUGGAAGUGAAAGAAAUUGUUCAUGUAGAGUUAUGUAGUUUGGCCAUUUGUUGAGUUCAAUGAUGCAUCAAGUAAAUUGGUGCUGAAUCUUAUGUUGGAAAUGCCCAAUUGAUUUGUGGGCAAAGAAGAAGCAAAUUUUGUUUUGAUUCAACAUGGAAAUGAAAUGGAAUGCAACCGAUAGAGAGGAUCUUUUAUGUCAAUAUUUAAACAUUUAAUUUGAGAUUUUCAAUUUUGUCAUCCUGCCUGGGCUUCACUUUGUUUUUCUUUUUCUUUUUUUUUUUUUUUAAAUUAUAUUAUUGUUGUUGCAUGACUCUGUUGUCCAUUAUUUCAUGGUAAUUAAUGCGUCAUAUUUUUUGAGCUCAAUCAUUUGUAGUUAAAAAGGAUUUUCAUGCUGUGCUUCUUCUCUUACUACUGGUUAAGAAAGAAGGGUUGCAGUGGCGGUGAAUG